UUCUGACAUGCUGACUGGCUGUCUCCAGAGCAGUCUGAAAUAAUCCAUCAACACUGAAAUAUUAAUGCCGCUUAAUUACAGACUGUGCUGAAAACCAGAUCUAAUGAUGCAUUCUGUUUCCACCCACUACGCACACUUCCUGUUUUUUGAGAUUUAGAUAUAUCAUCCAAAGAUUUGUAUUAGUCUUUGGAAAGCAAGAUAUUGGAGAAGUACCACAUUUUUGCACACUUCCAGUAUUGUAUGCUCCUUUUAUGUAUCUUUAAUAUUCUCAAUGUAUCUUUAAUUCUCUUGUGAGUUUGACUGAUAUUGCAUUGCAGUAAUUUACUGCAUUUUAACCCACAUCAAACCAUUUGGUAAGAUCACAAUAUUGGAUCUAUAUUGUGACUAUCUGAAGGUGAAAUGAGGCCCUAGCUGCCAUAUAAAAUUUGGGACGAUACAGGGCUUGAGGCUCCUAUCCUGUUGCUGGAGCUUGCUGGCUUGUUCAAAGCCAGGAUAAUAUUGCAUGACGCGAUGCCUCCCUUAAAUAGACACCAACAGCAUAAACAAGCUUCAGAGGGGCAACAAACACUCUCCAGGGACAGAAGCGUUCCCACACCUCCAAGGCUCACACUUUCUGCGGAUACAUUUUUGGCUCUUAAUCUGCACCCCAUGCAAACAGAGGAGCUUGUUAUUGUCAGUUUAAAUAUUUUUCACACCGUGCAAAAUAUUGAAUUUGGUGAAGCUGAUGAGUUCAAAGGUUCAGUGGCGUAAGCCGAAGCAGAUUCGGAAUGACGUGAUCGCCACAGCGAAGGCCACGGGCCCCCCCCUCCAGUUCUGGAACGCCCUUUUGGUGGGCGACCACUUGACCCUAAUCACUAUCAUGGACGACCCCGAUGGCUGCCACAUUAUUAACUCCAUCUACGACACCAGCAACAUCGAGGAAUGGAAGGACUACCGGUUCAACUACAGAGGCCUGAGACUCUGGUCACUGACCUACGAGCAGGAGCUGACUACGCCCCUGCACAUUGCGGCGGGUCGAGGCUUCGCGGAGUGCCUGAGGCACCUGCUCCAGAGGGGGGCAGACGUGGAGCUCUCUCCGGCGGGCACCACCGCCCUCCAUGAGGCCUGUGAGAACGGACACACCGAGUGCGUCAAGCUGCUGCUCUCCUACGGGGCCAACGCCAACGCUGUGAGCGAGGACGGCCUGAUGCCCCUGCACGUGUGCACCAGCCCCGAGUCCCUUCAGUGCGCCAAGCACCUCCUGCAGUUCGGAGCCACGGUCAACGGGCGGAGCCUGGAGGAGGACAACACCCCCCUGCACGUGGCGGCCCGGCACGGCCUGGUGGGUCACACGGACCUGUACCUGCGCUACGGCGCGGCUCUGGACCGGCGGAACGACGAGGGCAACACCCCGCUCAACGCCGCCUGCGCCCAGCCCCAGGCGGCCGAGGACCUGGGUCGCUACGGCGACGUGUGCCGCAUGCUGCUGUCAGCCGGUGCGGACGUGCACACGGGCGACCAGGACAACCAGCUGCCGCUGCACAUGGCCUGCAAGAACGUCAACCCGCGCGCGGUCCAGCUGCUCCUGGAGCACGGGGCCAGCGUCAACACCAUGUGCUACAGCGGAGACGCGCCCAUGCACAACGUGCUCAAGGCCGUGGCCUACAAGACCGAGCACCAGCCCGAGCACAUCGUCCGCGCCCUGCUCAACCACGGCUCCAUACGGGUGUGGCCCGGGGCCCUGCCCCAGGUGCUGAAAUACUGCUGCUCCUCUCCUCGCACAAUGGAGGCCCUCUUGAAUGCAUACGACCGCCUCAAAAUCACGGACACCUGGGUAGAGAACGUUCCACCUGAUGUCUUCCAGAAGCACCAAGACUUCUACGAGUCGCUGUUCUCCCUGGCGAAUGCUCCCCGCUCGCUCCAGCACCUCGCCCGCUGCAAGAUCAGGCUGGUCCUGGGGGCGCAGGUGCCCAGCGCGGUGCCCAAGCUGGGGCUGCCCACGUUCAUCCAGAACUACCUGCUGCUGGAGUUCAGGGACUACGUCCACUGAGGAGGACCGUGCCAACACUACGCACCCAGGCCCCGGAGGCCAAGGGUGAAAUCUAGUUAACUGUCCUCCAACUUCUUCCAUUUGGACACGGCUUUUUCUACACAAGUAUUCCUGUUAUUUUUGUUGUUUGUAUGUGUCAUUUGCACUUCUUAUUAGCCCAGAUGGGCCCAAUCAAAGUUAAAAAGGAGAGAAGCGCCACACUUUGAGCAACGUUGCAUCUGCUACAGAACAGUAAUACACAAUGUAGAGUGAAAUACUUUAAGUCCACAAUAUGCACUGUUCAUAGCCAAAUAGAUAGUCGGGCCUUCUCACCGAAUAGUCACAAAUGCAGCGUGAGAGCUGAAUGUGCUGAAAACCUGCUACAAUAGCUGCUGUGUUACAACCAUGUUUGAACUAUGGUUGAAUUUUGGUUGUUAAAUGGAGGUGUGGAACAUGUAUGUGCCUUCACUCUUUUUAAGGGAACAUGGUUCCCUUGAUUUUUGGACCACAUAGUGCAAGCGGCAUCACGUCACUGGGCUAUGUCAGUCCUGAAGCUCAAAAUGCAAAAAACAAUGGAGCCGCCACUGGAUAUGCAGAUACAACCGUUGCUAACAUGGGCUCUCCACAUGAGCCCUGUUCCUCCAGGGCUUUUUAUGGAACGCUUCUAACAGCUGAAUCACACCUGGUUCAGACAGAUUGUUUCAUUUAUGAUGCAAGCAAUUAUGUUGGUAGUAAAAAAAAAAAAGUCUUGAAUUAUGCAGACUUAGGCUGGAGGCUUACAGCGCAAAUUAUUUUGUUACAAAGCAAUAAAUUUGUAAAUACAAUUAAGAUGCAUUUAUUGUGUGUAUGAUAAAUGUUGGCAGAUACAAAAAUAUAACAUAUAAAAUGCUUAAAUAACGAAUCAGGAGGUUUUUACAUUUGGUGUUGUGUAAAUAUGCUGAAAGCAGGAAGUAGACUAAAACAUACUUUUAUAUUUUGCAGUGGCCUACAGAAGCGUUGCAAAUUAGUCAUACAAUGAAAGCAUAAAAGAUUUAUUGAAAUGAAAAUGGUUUAAAGCGUCUCAUUUAUAUUUGUAUGUAGUUGUUUAAAAGGUCUGUAGUCAAAUCCUUAUACGUAUGAACAUUCAUCCACACUGUAUAACAACAUUUCCCACAAGGGGGUGCCAUAGUCUUUCCAUUACAAUUGAAGGUUAUAACUUUUUUUGAACUUGAGCAGGCUGGUCGGUGUACUGAAAACCUCGAACAGUGUACAUAUUUUAUUGAGAAUCGAAAAAUAUAUCGCCCUCAAUAUAAUAAUCUAUCGAUUAAAUAUUGGGUUUAUUUGUGUUUCAUAUUUGUGUACACAGAAAAAGGACAUGCUCCCGCGCACGUACGGUUCCUUUGAGUUUGACGAGAGUAUUUAAAUUCUUAUAUUCUCUCCUUGAAAAGUGCGAUGGUUUUUUUCGAAUUAUAAUUAUAAUUUAUAUAUUUCGAUAAUUUAAACCACGCAGUUAAG